CAAAGGGGAGGAGGGCACCAGGGAAACAUUAUCCCCAGCUCAACUCAGAAGAGGUCCAGGAAAACAGCAAGCUGACCCAAGAGAGAUUUGUGGUCUGUGAGUCUGGUUGUACAGUACUUAUACUAUCAUGAAGUGGGCUUGUUUCCUCUGUCUUCUUGGAUGCUUGCUUGUGACUGAAGAAGUUAUACCUGCUGCCGCCACCAAACAAUUCCGGGAUGUGAUGACUCGAGGAAGAGCUUCUUCCCAUACCACAUUCCAUAGGAGGCUCAGUGGCUGGUCUUCUGAUCACAAUAGGUGGAAUGAAAAGCUUUACCCUUACUGGGAAGAUGGGGAUGCCAGAUGGGAGAACUGCUGGAAAGGGGGAAGGGUACUGGCAAGUUUGACUAGUGACAGCCCAGCUCUGGUGGGAUCCAAUGUGACCUUCAGUGUGAAUCUGAUGUUUCCCAGAUGUCAAAAAGAAGACAAUGACAGCAACAUAGUAUAUGAUAGAAACUGCAAAAAUCGUUCUUCAGAUUAUUCAGAUCUUUCUGACCAGUACGUAUAUAACUGGACUCAAUGGAUUGAUAGUUGUGGCACUCAAAAUUGCACACACAACAACAGCCACAAUGUAUUCCCUGAUGGAAGACCUUUCCCACACUAUCCUGACUGGAGGAGAAGAAACUUUGUGUAUAUGUUUCAUACACUUGGGCAGUACUAUCAAAAGACAGGAGGUUCGUCAGCCAUUGUUUCCAUUAACACAACAAAUAUCACUCUUGGCAGUCACAUUAUGGAAGUGUCAAUUUACAGAAGAGGUUUUCAAUCAUAUGUACCAGUAACAACUGCAAGUGCUAUUUAUGUGGUAACAGAUACUAUCCCCUUAUAUGUGAACAUAACUCAGAAGAAUGAUCGCAAUGCUUCAGACCAUAUCUACAUCAAGGACAUCCCUAUUACAUUUGAAGUCCAUGUUCAUGACCCCAGUCACUACCUGAACCACUCUGUCAUUUCCUACAGCUGGGAUUUUGGGGAUGGCAAUGGCUCUUUUGUUUUCAGUAAUCCUGUUUCAGUGCACACAUAUAUGCUUGUGGGAAAUUUCAGCCUUAACUUGACUGUCGAAGCUAUUAUACCUACCCCUUGUGGACCCGUGACACCUCCUCCACCAUCCCCUACCUUCCCAGUGUUAACAACUAAAGUGCCUCCUAAUGUGACAACUCCUCGCUUUGAUAGUUUAAUGGAACUUCCAACAGGAGAAAGUCCUGCUGAAGGAUGCCAUAUUAGUCGAUAUGGACAGUAUAAAUCAUCGCUCUCCAUUGCAGAGGGGAUCCUUGGGAUAAGUAUUAUCCAAAUGACAAGUAUCCAGGGGACAGCUGCUCAGAUGGAGAACUCCGUGGUUGAUUUUGUGGUAACCUGUGAAGGAAGUCUUCCUACAGAUGCCUGCACUAUAACAGCUGACCCCACAUGUCAGGUCUUACAGAAUGAGGAAUGUGACCCUGUUGACAUCACUGACCAGUGUUUGCUGACCAUAAGAAGGGCCUUCAAUGAAUCUGGAACCUACUGUGUAAACAUCACCUUGGGAGAUGCAGCAAGCCUGGCUCUCACAAGUACUCUAAUAUCCAUCAGUGGAGCUGCAGGACCAUUUUCAAGAACAGCAGAAGGAGUUCUCAUUGCCUGUGGUUUCUUGGUGGUACUGGCUGCUGUAUUGACUUUCUUCCUCUACAAGAGAUACAAAGAAUACAAGCCUAUUAACCGGAACACAGGACAAGCAGCCAAGAGUGAGGGGCUGAAUGUUUACUUCAACCGUUUUAAGGCUGUUCUCUUCCCAGCAAACAAUGAGAAGGAUCCACUCUUAAAAAACAAGCUUGGGAUUAUCUAACUCUCUAGCAUAAAUUCUGCUGUUUCCAUUCAUUUGGGGCCUUACGUUGAUUUGUUAUUCAAUGGAAGAAUAUAUUUUUCAAAUGAAGGGUUCUAUGACACGUUGCCAGCAUGUGCAGAAGUAAUAGCAGUAACUGCUGUUCAGUUUAUUUAGAAGUAUAAAAUGGCACCUCCUUAAGAAAUGGAACAUUUUAUUUGCUUAUGCUCUUAGUUAUGCUACAGUAUAUUAGGGGAAAACAUUUAAACUGAUUAUUUAUAUGCCAUUUCCUAAACGAAUUAUUCAGAAAUAUCAGAACACCUGUGUUGGGGAGAAGAUUUCCCUCCUAAAGAACCUAAACUCCUAGGAAGUCAGUCCCACUGAGCUUGGAAAGAAUUAUGCCUCAGUUUCCCCAGUUCCAUGGUAAGAAGCAUACAUUUUUCAGUUUGGCAAGUUUGAAAACUGUAAUUGACAGCCGUAAAAGGUUUGGCCGCUCUGCAUAUCGUUUAGGCAGGUAACAUCAAAUAGAUACAUAGAACCAAAUUGCUCUUGGCUAACUGAACAAACUCUACUGAGUUGCUGUCUCUUUCCUCCAUCCAGUGCACUACUGGAGAGCAGUUUCCCUAUCUGUAUCGAGGAGCACUGGUAGGCAAUGGGCGCUAAAUUAGUUGAGGCACAGUUCCCUUGGGAUAUGCUUGGGGAUGUCCACAGGCAGCACAUUCAUACCUGCUCAUGAAUCUUCAGCCCAUACUAGUUUCAAAAUGUUAUGGAGUUGCUUUGCACCAUAUUACACUUCACUUCCAGGAAUAUCUCUCCUGAAAGAGACAUAUCUGGAAGUGUGAGAAGUUUUUACAUGGAUGGGCUCUGCCACAAAAAGGAUAUGCUUGCAUUAUUUUGCUUUAGAAUCAGAGACCAAAACAAAGCCUCCCCCCAUAUCCCCCCAUUGAUAAGCAUUCCAGUCUGCUUACUGCCACAGCUGUUGUACUAGCAAAGUGAGAAAUCUCAUGCUGGUAUGUGGAACCAGCUGAUUCAUCCACACUCUUCUAACUUGGUGUCGUCAGAGUUCACAAUGGUGCAAGUGGUGGAACCAACAGUUUAGUUUAUUGGCACAAUAUUAGGAUGCUGGAUGAAAGGGGUUCCAGAAGGCUGGAAGAAAAGAAAUUCAAUAAAAUGUCAGUAGUCUGCAAUUAUUAGUGAAGAAAUUUUAUUUUAGAAAGGUUUGGCAAUGUGAAUUAGUUCCACCAGCUUCAUUUUUUAGUGUUGGUUCAGGCAUACACACACAUAUACAAAAGGCUAGAGGGUAAGAGUAAGUGAUUGCAGAACCAAUAUCUGUAAUUUGAUUUUCCAACAUGGGGUUGGAUCAUAAGUGGUUGUGGGAAUUGGGGGCUCAUUUGAGAUCCAGACAAAGCUCUGGGUAAUGCUGGGGAUUCUUUCCGUUCAAGAGUUUUCUUGGUUGAAACUGGCCUAUCCAGGCUGGAAGAUGACAUUGCGUCUUUUUUCCUUGCAAGAAUGUUCUGAGAAAUGGUAUGGUGAGAAAGAGUUAAAGCUUCUCUUUCUAUGUACUGUGGUUCCAACCCCCUACCCUAUGCAGCUGAUUUUUAAGGUUAAAAAGCACACUGAGAUGAUGUAUGCAUCUUACCUCAUAGGAAGCAGGGGUGUGAUUUCCGUUUGAAAGUAAAAGUGGUGAGAACAGGACAUGCCAUUUAUUGCAACUUAUCAGUUUGGAAGGCAUAGCAAGUUAAAGCCAGUAUGUUUCUGUUAACUGAAUGCUACAUUCUACACAGGCACCACCAUGUAUAUCCAGAACUUUUAGAAACUGUAAUUUUUAGCUAGGCUGUAAAAAUGUAAUGUGUAUCUGGGAACAUCCUUACUAAAUCUUCUAAUGGGCAUCUGGCCAUGAGAGGGAGGGAGGUAUAUUCUCAUGCAAUGUAUAAUAAAUAUCUUAUUUUAACCCACACAAA